AUGUAUGUAACGUUAAAAACUUUGCUGUUGAAAAUCGCUCAGGAUUGGAAACAGUUUAACGACAAAGAUGAGUUGAAAAUAAUGCACAAGUAUACCGAAUAUGGUCGUCAGAGUAUAACACUUUACUCAGGUUACAUGAUAACAACUGUAAUCGUUUUCCUUAGUUUCCCAAUGGCAAGCCCAGUAUUGGAUCUAAUAAUGCCGCUCAAAAAUGGUACCCGACCAAAAAACUUGCCCUACUAUGCAGAGUAUGGUAUCGACUUAGAAGAAUAUUAUUAUCCUUUAAUGGCUCAAUCAUUAGUUGGAGGUGUAGGAACCAUCGUGGUUCUUGUAUCGUUCGAUCUGGAAUUUAUUUUGAUAGUCCAACAUGUCAUUGGAUUGUUUUCUCUUGUCAAUUUUCGUUUGAAAAAAGUUGAAAAAAUGUCUGAAGAAAUUGAAAACGGUAAAGUUAUUUUUGUUAAAGGUGAUUACUUAGCGUAUCUAUACACGAUCAGCGCAAUUGACUUACAUAAAAAAGUGGUGGAGUAUAUUGAAAUUAUUGAAGAUUCAUACAACCUAGCUUGGCUUAUCAUAAUGUCUUUAAAUAUGUUUUCGCUCAUCAAGAUAAAACUGAACGAUCCUAACGAUCUGUUUAGAUACUUGUUUGGAAUGUUCAGCAUAUCAAUACACUUUUAUUAUAUUUUUCUCCCGGGUCAAAAAAUUAUCAACAGUAGUGAGGAAGUAUUCCAUUCUUGUUAUGCCUGCAAAUGGUACAACUUAUCAGAAAAAACAAAAAAUUUGAUAAAAAUUAUGCUAUUACGAAGUUUAAAGCCUUGCUACCUAACUGGUGGAAAAAUGUUUACGAUGAGUAUGGAUACCUACUGCAGCAUGAUGAAAACAGGCUUAUCCGUGUUUACGGUGCUGAAUUCAUAG